GUCACGCUAACGCCGCGGUUUCCUCCACUCUGUUGGUGCCAGACUGGGUCCGUAGCGGUCCCAUGUUGUGCCGUGGGGCAUCUGCAGCCUUCGGUGUGUGAAGACUGCAGAGGCCUGCAAUCCAGUCACGUAAGUGUGUAAAGAGAUAGUGGUCCUCAUGGAAGAGGAGCAAGACCUACCAGAGCAACCGGUGAAGAAAGCCAAGAUGCAGGAACCAGGAGAACAAACUUUAAGUCAAGUAAACAACCCGGAUGUCAGUGAUCAGAAGCCUGAGACAUCCAGCCUUGCGUCAAAUCUUAGCAUGUCAGAGGAAAUUAUGACAUGCACCGAUUACAUCCCUCGCUCAUCCAAUGAUUAUACCUCACAAAUGUAUUCUGCAAAACCUUAUGCACAUAUCCUCUCAGUUCCUGUUUCGGAAACCGCUUACCCUGGGCAGAGCCAGUACCAGACCCUGCAGCAGUCUCAGCCCUACGCGGUCUAUCCUCAGGCAACCCAGACUUACGGACUACCUCCUUUUGGUGCACUGUGGCCAGGUAUGAAACCUGAAAGUGGUUUAAUUCAGACUCCAUCUCCAAGUCAACACAGUGUUCUUACCUGCACUACAGGGUUAACCACAAGCCAGCCAAGCCCAGCACAUUAUUCUUACCCCAUUCAAGCUUCAAGCACAAAUGCCAGCCUGAUAUCCUCGUCAUCCGCAAUUGCCAAUAUACCAGCAGCAGCUGUGGCCAGCAUCUCAAACCAGGACUAUCCCACCUAUACUAUUCUUGGACAGAAUCAGUACCAGUCCUGCUACCCCAGCUCCAGCUUUGCAGUCACAGGCCAGACUAACAGUGAUGCUGAGAAAACGGCAUUAGCAGCCACCACAUACCAGACGGAGAAGCCUAGUGCUAUGGUACCUGCACCAGGCACACAGAGACUUCCCUCUGACUCGUCUACAAGCCCAUCUUUGUCCCAGACUCCACCAAAUAAAGAUGCCGAUGACCAGUGUAGGAAGAAUAUGACUGUCAAGAACCGGGGCAAGAGGAAAGCUGACGCGGGUUCCUCCCAGGACAGCGAGUUAGAACGGGUAUUUCUCUGGGACUUAGAUGAGACCAUCAUCAUAUUUCACUCCCUUCUCACUGGAUCCUACGCUCAGAAGUAUGGAAAGGACCCAACAGUAGUCAUUGGCUCGGGGUUAACAAUGGAAGAAAUGAUCUUUGAAGUGGCUGAUACACAUCUGUUUUUCAAUGACUUAGAGGAGUGUGACCAGGUGCAUGUGGAAGAUGUGGCUUCUGAUGACAAUGGCCAGGAUUUGAGCAACUAUAGUUUCUCAACAGAUGGUUUCAGUGGUUCAGGAGGCAGUGGUGGCCAUGGUUCAUCGGUGGGUGUUCAGGGAGGUGUGGACUGGAUGAGGAAGCUGGCCUUCCGCUAUCGAAAAGUGAGAGAGAUCUAUGACAAGCAUAAAAGCAACGUGGGUGGCCUCCUCAGCCCCCCGAGGAAGGAGGCGCUGCAGAGACUGCGAGCAGAGAUCGAAGUCCUCACCGACUCCUGGUUAGGAACUGCGCUCAAGUCUUUGCUUCUCAUCCAGUCUCGAAAGAACUGUGUGAAUGUGCUGAUCACCACCACACAGCUGGUUCCGGCCCUGGCCAAAGUUCUCCUAUAUGGACUAGGAGAAAUAUUUCCCAUUGAAAACAUCUACAGUGCUACCAAAAUCGGUAAGGAGAGCUGCUUUGAGAGAAUUGUGUCAAGGUUUGGAAAGAAAGUCACAUAUGUAGUGAUUGGAGAUGGACGAGAUGAAGAAAUUGCAGCCAAGCAGCACAACAUGCCCUUCUGGAGGAUCACAAACCAUGGAGACCUGGUGUCCCUGCACCAGGCUUUAGAGCUUGACUUCCUCUAAGAACUGGAACGUGGAGCUUUCCUUCCUUGUGAGCUUCUUUUUACCUCCGACAGGAGUCAGAGGCCAGAACCCUCUGAGACCCUUCUCUCCUGUCUGUCUGUCUGUCUCUCUGUGUCUCAGCGCCCCCUCCCCUCUCCUGUGCUCUUUCUCUCUCUCCGUGGAAUGCUGGCGAGAACACAAUCAGUUUUUGCUAAGAGUGAGCGAAGCCCCGUCCAUAGUACAGCAGGAGGCGGCUGGAAAGAACAGCAGACCCCCACUACUGUGCUUGAAUUGUUCGUUUCAUUUCAAAAAGGAAGAACAAGAAAAGGCAGCGCGUGGGGCACAGUUGCACUCUUGGUGCAUGGACAGACCCCGAGCUGCUCCUGGUCAUGCUGACGGAAAAUGCAUUCGUCCCAUGAGAACGUCUCCUGUAUCUUAGCUGUAGCGCUUCUCCCCCAGUGAAUGGGUAUGUUCUUUUUGUAGGUGAGGGUCUGGUCUCUAAAGCGCCCUCCUUGUCUAUGAAGAAAGCGCUGUGUAAAGUUUCUGGGACAGUAGUAAUGGGAAUAUCGGAAAUACCUCUCUGGGACAGCAGCACCUCUUCAGUGGCCCCAGCGCUCUGCUCUCCCCAGGAGGCUCCUUACUGUUUCAGGACGCUGGUCACUUACUAACUUCAGGCUUAGGCGUCUCCCAUCUUGUAAGCCUCAGUCUCCUUGCCAGUCCUUCUUCCUCUGUAACCAAAAGUCACAACCCUGGAACCUUCUUCCCACAGACAAUAAAUCUAAGCCUUUAGCUUAUAAUUUAGAGGCUCUGUCCCAGGAGGCUCAGCUUCCAAACUGGAGAGAAGGGACUCGGGCUUCUUAGGAAUUUCAUCCUUGGCUCCUGAGGUAAGAUUCUACCUAGUGUUCCUGUAGAGCAGCACCUGUUCUCAGCAGAUGCUCGCUCUGUGGCCAGCUCAGUCAUCGGAUGCUGGCUUCACACUCCUGCCCUCUGUACCUCAAAUCCACCUCUCGCUGUGCAGCUCUGGCCAGCCCCUGCCCACUCAGUUCAAGUCAGAAAGUCCUAAAAGCAAAAAAGUCUGCUUCCUUUGCCCGCACUUACAUGCAGUUAUAUGCCAACUUGUAUUUACCCAGAUCUGUGCCUGGGAGUGGAGAGCAGAUAGCUAUAAUCAAAACCCAAUUUACCAGAUGAAGUGGGAAACCAGGCCAGAAUGACUCUCGACUUAAAUGCCUGGAAAUAUAAUCCUGAGCUAGGCGCAAGAGCACCUCUCAGCCUGCCCCCUAGAUGGCUUGGAUGGGAACCUGGGCCUAGUCCCAGCCUUCAAGCCCAGCUGGUUUUUGUAUUUUUGUUUUGUUUUGUUUAAAGGCACUAUCCCUUGAGGACCAAUGUGGGUACCUGAUUAAUUGGGGUAAAUUUCCCUAGAGUUGAGGAUAUGUACAGCCUUGGUCCUCAAGAGGUCCUUGAUGGAUCCCUCACGAGAGUCACUGUCCCAGAGAGGCUGGCGCACAGAGACAAGGCUCCUCUUACUGUCAGGCUACUGGACAGCAGCAGCAAAGCCAGCACAACAUCUUCAGAACUGUUGGACAAUGCUGACCAUGAGCCCAGUAGUUGAGGAAGGGCUCAGAUGGGAGGUGGGGUGGUGCUCCAUCUUGGCCAUCACUGGGCUUCGUUUAGAGCUAGGAAGUGGGAACAAAGUUGGAGUCUAAGCCAGUCUUCCCUAGGCUAUAUUCUCACCGUCCCAACACUACCCAGCCUUGCUUCAUGGCCCAUCCCAGAAAACUCAAGGGUAAGUUUUGACUUUCAAGCCUCAAACCCUUCCCUCAUUGCCAGUGUAGUUUCCUGUCCUAGACAGGGCCACCUGUUGGUCUUCAGGCUUGUAAGACUGCCGCACCUCUAUGCACACAGGUGACACCACAGACCCUUCAGGGAAGACUAUUCUUAGAGUGUAACCUGGAAUCCUUUUCCUCUUGCCCUGGCCUGCCCAAUUUAGCUCUUUACAACAGGAAUUUGGACUUGGCCAAGAGAGGCAAAGAGAUAUUUAUUCUGAGCUGAAGAGCCUCUGCUCUGGCAGCAACCACCCUGUCAGAGGGCAGACAGGAAGCAAGUCUCCACCAAAAGGAGCAUUCAGGGACUGCUGCCCUUUGUAUUGACUUUGCCUCCUUCCCACAAAGGCCUAGGAAGGAGAAUGAGCUGGCAGCAGCAAGGGCAGUUAGUACUGGGAAGAUGGCUCCUUGGUUAAUAGCAUCGGCUGCUGAGACAGAGUUCAAGGUUGGAGCACCCGCAGGGCUGCUCCCAACCAUCUGUAACUAUGGUUCCAGAGGAUUUGAUCCCCUCUUCUG